GGCUGCGCGCUGGCCGGAGCGGGUGGUGUGAGGCUAUGUCUCCCGCGGGCGACUGCUCCAGCCCUCUGCUGCAGGAGCCGGGCGCGGCCGCGGAAGCGGGCGACCGGCACGCCAUCAAGUGCGUGCUCGUGGGCGACGGCGCCGUGGGCAAGACCGCGCUCGUCGUCAGCUACUCCACCAACGGCUUCCCCAGCCGAUACGUGCCCACCGCCUACGACACCUUCACAGUGGUGGUCCGGGUCGACGGGCGGCCGUACAGCGUGCAGCUCUGCGACACAGCGGGCCUGGACGCGCUGGACCCGGUGCGCGCGCUGUGCUACCCGGACGCGGACGUCUUCCUGGUGGUGUUCAGCGUGGUGGCGCCGGCGACGCUGCGCUCCGUGGAGCGGCGCUGGGCGCCCGAGGUGCGCCGCUGCUGCCCCGACGCGCCGCUGGUGCUGGUGGGCACGCAGGCCGACCGGCGCCGCGACGCCCGCCUGCUGGCCGAGCUGUCGGCGCGCGGCCAGGCGCCCGUGUCCAGCGCCAGGGCGGCCGAGGCCGUGCGCGCCGUGGGCGCCGCUGUCUACGUCGAGACGUCGGCGCUCACCCAGAGGGACCUCAAGGAGGCCUUCGACCAGGCCAUCGUCUGCGCGCUGCGCCGCCGCGGGCUGCUGCGCCCGCCGCCCCCGCGCCGGAAGAAGCCCUCGGGGCUGCUGUGCUGUUGCCGCCGCUAGCUUCCGCCCCCGCUUCCGGCGCAGCGACGCUACCGGUCCAAUUCCCCGUUCUCCGUCGGUUAUCCACUGUCGAUGCAACACCGCGAGGAGACAUACCACUUCAUCUAUAGGUGCUGCCAAUUACGAACUGGUGAUACCACAUCAAGACUAGUGCUACAGACAGAGGAGAUGCUACAGCAACCUUUUCAGUCCUACGUGCCCACAUCUUCAUUCAUCUCUAGUUAUCCAUUUACCAGGAACUGACGAUCCAACACCGAGGCAGAAGAGGUACUACAUCCCCUGGUGCUCUGAAGCCUGCCUCCAACGACUCCCAAAAUGGCUCGUCGGUGUGAUGCAACAUCAGGACAAAUGCUACUGCACUAGAGGAUGAAGACGUGCUAGGCCCGUCUGCAACAGCGUCGUAACACUACCCGCCCGAUUCUGCUUUCGUCUGCUCACUGGGAACUGAUGGUAUGGCAUUAAUAUGAGGCACCACUGUUGUGGAGGCAUAAGACGUACCCCACAUCGGCUGGGACUGCCAAUCCUGCGUCUGCUGGCUUUCGAAACUAGUCCAUUUUCAUAAGCUCUUAGUCCCAAAAUGACUCGUCAGUCAGAGUUUCUCACUGUCUAAUUGGUGACGCAACAUCGGGAGAAAUGGUACUGCACUAGAGGACGAAGAUGUGCUAGGCCCGUCUCCAACAGCAUCGCAACACCACCCGCCCGUUUCUGCAUUCGUCUACUUUGUGGGAACUGGUGGUAUGGCAUUAAUAUGGGACAUCACUGUGCUGGAGGCAUAAGAGGUGCCGUACAUCGGCUGGGACUGCCAAUACUGCAUCUGCUGGCUUUCGAAACAUCAGCUCUUAUAAGCAGCAAGUGACAUCCCGGCGGGUUCUACUGUCCUAGAGGAUGAAGAGAUCUACAUCCAUACUCCGCAAGCCACCUGACGGUGUAUGGUGGAGGGUACGUUCAGUACCUCUAUCGGUUCCCCCUUUUAUUCCAGUCUCGUAUUCUAAGCCUUUCUGCAACACGGUCUUAACAUGCCAGUUUCUUCAUCCAUCCCGACAUCCACUUACCAGAAACGAACUGUGCAAUAUCGAGACGAUUAUCAGUGGGCUACGAAACCUGCCUCAACCAUCUCUCAAAAUCGGUCGUCCACUUUAUAAUCCAGUAUCAGAUGCCCUCUGUUCAACUGGUGACGCAACAUGAAGACAACUGCUGCUCUACAAGAGGACGAAAGAUGAUUGGCCUGUCUCCACCACUCCCUCAAACGUGACUGUCCACGUCCGCAUAUUAGGAACUGGCGAUGUACCAGCAUGAGUAUCACACUACUCAGUCAUAAAAGGUGCCCUCCGUCGGCAGACUCUGACAGUCCUACGUCCGCUGGCAUUCAAAACUGGAGCUCCUUUACAAAUUUCGCUAUCAUUUACUCACUGCCGAGUAACGACAACUGGUGAUAUGGCAUGGAGACAAAAUAUGUGCUAGAGGAUGAAGAGGUGUAAGGGUUCUCUAGGCUAAACAUCUCAAUCCAGUCCGUCCAAUUCUUCAUUCACUACCGGUUUACUAAUUUCUCUUAGUGGGGAGUUCCAAGACACUUACUACACUGCUUGACACAACAGCAGUGCUACAUUUCCUGGCGCUGCCAAGGCAAUGAACGAGAGGAAGUGCUACCUGGAGGUUCUGACCGUGCUGUAUCUGCCAGCGGUUCAAGUUUGUCAGUUCAGCACUUGACAUUUGGUUAUGCACUCUCCAUUUCUGAGAACAAGUGAUGUGUCAUCAGAAGAAGAAGACCUCCUCGUGAAGGGCAAUAGUGACUACAGUCCGACGCCUGUUUCCAGCACUUAACAGUCACGGGUCAACUAAUUCUUCAUUCACUGACUUCAUCAGUAACUGGCAAUGCGACAACAAGAUGAACGUAACUACUCCUGAACUAGUAAUGAUUCGCCGCCUGCUGUUAGGAAAUCACUGUCAUCUUAUUGAACUUUAUUGUAUCUGUGACACGUGGAUGCCUCGAGUUGCGCUCUUCCUAACCAUUCUUUAGUUUUUUUGUAAUGUAAAAGUGUAGAUCGGGUUCUAUGAAGCCCAGUAGCCUCGAAUGAGAUGCGCAAUGAAUAAAUAAGUAGCGCUGAAUAUUUAGUAUCAUUGCUGACAACGAGAGAAUCUGUUAGAGAAGUGAUGUCCUGCACAGAUAAGAUACUGUCAGUUCGCAGACGUGCUGAUUUGUGUCCAACCGUCACCGGUCAACCAUUCCAUUUGUAGUUUCUAACCAGGGAAAGUUGCCACAUAUCACAAUGGGAAAAUCGGUUGCCGUCACAGGCAUCCCUUUAACAACUUCGUCUUCCCAAUGGAAAUGUACUCCUAAUGUUUUUUUUUCAGACGUACAGUGUACAGUUUGAUGCCACGUAUUCACUGCCCACUGUGACAGAAUUAUCAAUAAAUUAUCUAUAGUCUCCUAUUGGAGUUUUUAAGAGAGAAUUUCUGCAACUCAUUACUGUUUCUGAGAGCUUAUUGCAAUUCUUUUUACUUCGGUGUCAGUCACCCAUGAGCAUUUGGUAACAUGCAUUAGUUGAUGGGGCUUAAAAUUUAAAUAAGAAUUGAUCACCACGAAUGUUGUGUUACUCCUAGAUAACUAAAAUAUUUUCAAAUCAAGGAUUCGGUCUACUAUUCCUGUUUCUUUAAACAGCCAUUACAUUUUCUUUUAGAACUACGAUCUACUCGGUAACAUAUUAUUAUAAUUUUCACUCCCUGAUUUUAUAUUCUAGAGGAAAUUGAUGGAUGCAGAUGAUCCAUUCGUAUGUGUCCGUCAUAGUCGGCCAAAUUUUUCCUUACUAGGGAGCUAAAAUUAAAACAUAUUCCAAUUGUCUGAGUGACGAAUUUGCUUGUACGAAUUAUUUAAGAUUAUUCAUUUCAUUUGCUACCUAGAGCACAGAUUUCAUACUCUUUUUGAGUUUAUUUCUCAAGAAGCUCAUUUACUUAAACAGUGAAACGUAUUUGAGGGUUCCGCCAAGAGCAAAACCACUGCUUCUUAUAGUUUACUAUUUCCCAUGCAUGUUUCGCUGCUGUUACUCCAUCCCUAGACCUUAUGCCUUUAUUGUAUUUAGCUACAUUUGAUUCGUCGUGUUAUCCUUUGCUUGCUGUCGUCUGCAAUUUUGUUGCUGUUUGUAUUGGUUUUCAAACCUUUACAGUCCUGUCUCUCAAAAACAAAAGUACGCAUUCCUAUGUUGUUUAAAAAGGAACGAAACUACAGAUGAGAAAAUUGUAAAAAAAUCUAUCACCAGAAAUGCAGAAGGUAGACAGCAACUCCAGCAACGGAAGAGAACACUGUACGACGUAAAAGCACCGAAACAUUUCUGUGAAAUAUUGAACAAGAAGAAAUAGUUUUCAAGUUAGAGUCCUGAAAUACAUUUCGUAGAUAAAAUAUUUCUUAGCACGAAAGAAAUGGGUUCAGUCAGCCCCUGCACCAUUUUACGAUACAAAGUUCGUGAACGAGUCACACUUAACACCUCUAUUACGCGAAUAAUGGUACGAUUCCAUGAUACAGCAUUGUACCACAAUGAUUACAGGUAAAACAAACUACACAAACCACUAGUAAGAGGAACUCAAAGUUUCUUUAAAACAUCGUUCGCUGGUACACAGCGCUUGUUCACCGCCGGCUGAAACGUUGUCUUGGAAACAUGUGCCCCCCCCCCCCUCCCCCCUACGUAGAUGCUGUUCACACCCAUCACACCUGGUGUGUUUCAAGACUCAUUUCAUUCCCCUAAUAAGUUAUCAAAAUAUCUCAGCCCAUGGACAUUACAAUGGUAAUUCCAACCCAUAUAGAUCUUCUCUGCAGAAAAGGAGGCAAUAUUAGUAAUACUGCACUUGAAUAUUUUAUUGUACGUCAGAUUUGUUGUCUAUAAUGAUAUGAAUAAUAAGAUUACAUUAAAGAGAGAUCCUAAAGUUCCUACGCUGAUGCUAUUAUACUGCUGUAGUAUUUUGUUACAGAACGAACUGUAAGACUGAUUAGCAGUUCACGUAAUGUAGGAAAAUAUUUUACAAUACUAUUUUAGGACUUUAUAUAAACUUUUAACUCUAUCAAACGCAGUCUAUGAGAAUAUUUCUUCUGCAUUAACAACUGCAUGUUUGAGAGUAAGAGGAAAAACAAGAGGUUUUUUUUUUGUAGAAAUAUUAGAGAAGUGAGUGUUUAAGCGGAACUUUUGUAUGUUGCAAAGAGAACAUUCUUCACUCUCGAUGAAGGCAACGUUAUCGAUUGACAAUUGAAAAAAUGUCGUUAAGAACUUAUUAAAUACUUUAUUACAAGCAAGCAGAAAGUUCUUGUCGUCGUCGCUUCAUGUAAAUGUUAUCUUUAACUUUCGACUAGUUAUGUGUUUCAUUCAUUUGGAUGUAUGCAGAACAAUCCAGUAUUCAUCUGGAUGCAUGCAGAAGAUACGCGAAAAUGAAGUACUUUGUUGCAGAAUACUGCUUUCCAUUUAUAAACUGCUGAUAGGAAAUUGUGUCUUCUUGAUUAGGUGCAAGUCUUCUUACAAAGUUGUCGCUCAUAUAUUGGUAGAAAUCAUUUACCAACUAGGUAUACCAGGUGAACCAGUUGGGUAUUUUUCCCUGUGUUGUGAUCCACAUAUGGAAAGCAGGCUAUAAUGCAAACCCUAAAGGUAAACUCUUUAUUGCUUUCAAUGUUAAUAGCAAAUAAAUAUUCGUGAAAAAUAACGAAGGAGAAAAGUUAUUUAUUAUAGAAACGUUAAUUUCCAAUAACAAAGAACGUUUGAUUAUCUUUUCUGGAUCGUACCAAAAAAUUCUAUUUCCUUGAUUCAUUGUAACAGUUUUUACUUGGAUAAAAUCACUUUAUUUUAUAAUGAAAUUAAAACUACGGAAGUAACAGGUGCUUCUACUGCAACAGACAAUAAUUUAGUGUACAGUUUGAUCACGUAUUUAGCAAAUAGUGAAAAUUUAGUACAUGAUAAUUACUGUCUCUGUUUAUAAGACAUCAUGAUAGAAUAUCAAAUACUAAAUAAACGUAAGCUAAAUAAAUUUCUAGAAUUAUGUGACGUUAAAAUUCAAUCAAACUUUUUCGAGCGAUGGCAGUUAUCCCUUAAGGAAAACCUCAAAGUUCUGAAAAUGUGACUGUAUACUGUGAAUAAUUAUUUAAUUAGUAAUAUUCGUAUCGAAUAAUCUCAUUGUGCAUGUCAUAUUAUUUGUGAUAUAAACAAUUAAGACGAACUGUUGAGGUAUUCAGAAGCUGUGAUACUUUUUGUAAGAGUGUUGUUUGUUAUAUAUAAAAGGUUGUUUGUAUAUUAUUUAUCAAUGCAAUAAAAUACAUAAAAUCAU